CAACCGGACUCGCUUCCUUGACAGCCCCUCAUACGCGCUAGGUUCCCACUGGACUGGAGCGCAAGGACAACUCAAGCUGGCUAGCUGACUGUUAGCUUAGCUUAUUGCAUCCAGCCCGAGCCAGCGAGCGACGUGUCGUCAAGUGAAGACGGGAAAGGACGCCAACAUGUCCAAAGACAAGAGCGACACAAUUAUGGAGGUGGACAACAAGGUGCUGUGGUACCCGGACUCCAAGAGGGACACGCGGAUGGACCAGUUCAGGCGGCAGGUGAACCGCCAGCACGGGCUUGACUUGGUCAACUACGGCGACUUGUACCAGUGGUCGGUGGAUUGCUUCGGUGACUUCUGGGCAAAUGUGUGGAGCUUCUGCGGCGUGGUUAGCUCCAAACCAUACCACCAGGUCGUGGACACAUCCAAGCGUAUUUCGGACGUUCCUGAGUGGUUUUCAGGUGCUCGCCUCAACUACGCAGAAAACCUGCUCAAACACGCCGAUGAGGACAAAGUGGCUCUUUAUGCCGCAACCGAGGCUAACGAGGAGAUUGUAAAAGUCACCUUUCGGGAGUUGAAGCGUGACGUGGCAUUGUUUGCCGCCGCCAUGAGAAAGAUGGGCGUCCAGACGGGAGACAGAGUUGUGGGUUACCUUCCCAACGGCAUCCACGCGGUGGAAGCCAUGUUAGCAGCGGCCAGCAUUGGAGCCAUUUGGAGCUCCACUUCCGUCGACUUUGGCGUCAAUGGCGUUCUGGACCGGUUUUCGCAAAUCCAGCCCAAGCUGUUGGUGUCCGUCGCCGCUGUGGUUUACAAUGGGAAAACUCACGACCACAUGGAGAAGCUCACCUGUGUCGUCAAAGGCCUUCCUGACCUGCAGAAGGUGGUGGUGAUUCCAUACGCUCGCGACAAACAACACAUUAACCUCUCCAAAAUCCCCAACAGUGCGUUUAUCGAUGACUUCCUGGCGUCCGGUCGUGGCGAUAGUGAUCAUCUCCCCCAGCUGGAGUUUGAGCAGCUGCCGUUUAGCCACCCGCUUUUCAUCAUGUACUCAUCAGGAACAACCGGAGCUCCUAAGUGCAUGGUCCAUUCGGCUGGGGGCACCCUAAUCCAACAUUUAAAAGAACACAUUCUCCACGGCAACAUGAGCAGCAAUGAUGUCAUCAUCUACUACACCACGACGGGCUGGAUGAUGUGGAACUGGCUGGUGUCGUCGCUGGCGGUAGGCGCCUCAGUGGUCCUGUACGAUGGCUCGCCCCUCAUGCCGACACCCAACGUCCUCUGGAACCUGACCGAGACGCUGGGGUGAGUGGCACUGGAAGCC